UGUUUGGCCGCGCUUCUUUCUGGUGGAGCGUCUCGUCCUCGACGGCUAUGGCGGACGAUCUAUAACCACGGCAGCCGCGUGAAUCCCUGGCUCGCGAGAAUUCGAGCUGAGAUUUGGAUGAUUCUUGGCGCCGCGGCGGGAUAGGUAAAUAUUUCUCUCACCAGGAGCAGCGGGAAGGAAUUUCGAUGAUCCGGGAUUCGCAGCUAGGGAUUGGCGAGGAUUGGAAUGGAAAUCUUGGCGGCAUUUGUCCUUGAGACGAGAUUUUAGGCGCGGCUGCUGGGCUCGGGUAUGGAUGUAGCGCGAUCAAGAGCAAUGUGUAUCAAGAAGGAGCCGAUGAGUUUCUCGUCCGAGCAGCAACAGCAGCAACAGCAGCAGCAAGGGCCGCGGCUGUUGGCGGAUAAGGAUUUCCAGUGCCCGAUUUGCAUCCAGACGAUGAAGGAUGCGUUUCUCACGGCUUGCGGCCACAGCUUUUGCUACAUGUGUAUCAUCACGCACCUCAACAACAAGAAGAACUGCCCGUGCUGUGGAGUCUACCUCACUAGCAGUCAGCUUUACCCCAAUUUUCUAUUGAACAAAAUACUUAAGAAGGUUGCUACGUCGCAAAUCUCGUGUGCGUCCCCGACAGAGCAGCUUCGUUUUGCUCUACAACAGGGGGUCGACGUUCCACUCAAAGAGAUCGAUUCAUUGCUGGUUUUGUUGAGCGAUAAGAAGCGAAAAGCCGAGCACGAGGAAGCCGAGGUGAACAUGGAGGUUCUUCUCGAGUUUUUGCAGAGAUCUAGGCAGCAAAAGAUGGAAGAACUUUCUGAGAUUCAAGGGGACUUGCAGUCGCUGAGGGAGGACAUCUCUGCUGUUGAGAUCCAGAGGCAGGAGCUGCUCAAAUCGAGACAAACAAGCUCGCUGAAGUGGCGCUUUCUUCUUGACUGCCCGGCUCUCGACUGUGCGGCUCAAGAGAACCCGUACAACCGUCCUGCGGUUCCCUUGCAUCGUGUCGGCCAAGCAGGGGCAGCCUUGCUCGGUGGAGAACAAAGGAAAGCAACGAGAGGUCCUCUCGUGAAGAAGAAUGGUGGCAUUUCAAAUGGUACCUCUGACUUUGAACCGCUGCCUUGUAAGACCGCAAAGAAAAAGAGGAUGCUAAACCAGUUUGAAGACUUGCAAGAUUGUUACUUGAAUAAGAGACGACGUGAUCGUCAGAUGAAAAAGCUUGAAGCCAUUGUUAAAAAGGAGAAAGACGAAGAAGGCUGUGGUGGGUUUAAUCAACCUUCAGGCCUUGAGGACUUUAGAUCUAUUCUCGCUGGCUUCACCAGAUAUAGUCGUUUGGAGCUGGUGGCUGAGCUACGACACGGAGACUUAUUUCAUUCUUCUAACAUUGUUUCAAGUAUUGAAUUUGACAGGGACGACGAACUCUUUGCCACUGCAGGAGUUUCGCGGCGAAUCAAAAUUUUCGAAUUUGCAACGGUUGUCAACGAGCUUGCAGACGUCCAUUGUCCUGUUGCCGAGAUGUCUACGCGGUCAAAGCUAAGCUGCCUAAGUUGGAACAAGUACAUCAAGGGACAAAUCGCGAGCAGCGAUUAUGAAGGCACUGUAACUGUUUGGGAUGUAAAUUCUUGCCAGAGUGUCAUGGAGUACGAAGAGCACGAGAGAAGAGCCUGGAGCGUCGAUUUCUCCAGGACGGACCCGACAAUGCUAGUGUCUGGGAGUGACGACGGAAAGGUCAAGCUGUGGUGCACCAGGCAGGAGACAAGUGUCCUGAACAUUGACAUGAAGGCAAACAUUUGCUGUGUCAAAUACAAUCCCGGAUCUAGCAAUUUUGUCGCGGUGGGCUCGGCCGAUCAUCAUAUCCACUAUUACGAUCUCCGGAACUCCAAGUCGCCUCUACAUGUCUUUAGUGGUCACCGAAAAGCCGUCUCGUAUGUAAAGUUUGUAUCCCCCAACGAGUUGGCCUCGGCUUCCACUGACAGUACACUGCGAUUGUGGGACGUCCAGAAGAGCUCCCAGAUACGCAGCCUCACAGGCCAUGCUAACGAGAAGAACUUUGUAGGCUUGACAGUUAACAGCGAGUACAUUGCGUGCGGUAGUGAAACGAACGAAGUCGUGGUGUAUCACAAGGAAGUUCCCAAGCCAGCAGCAAGGCACAGAUUCACAAACCAUGACUCGGAGGAGAGCGACGACGAUGUGUUCCACUUCAUCAGUGCUGUGUGCUGGAAGAGCGAUAGCCCAACGAUGCUUGCGGCAAACAGCCAAGGGACGAUCAAGGUUCUGGUGCUUGCUCCGUGAAAAACGAGGAGGAAGGACGACUUCUCUGUACAAUCUUUGCCUAGACAAGAACAUUAGAAAAUUUUGUAGCCAUUGAUAGGAAAUGUCGACGAAGAAUCCAACAUAAACUCUACCACAAAUCGUUCCAAUGGAAAUCUUUCAAAGAAUAAAAGUAGAACGUCCCGAUGCU